CACGAGAGGGGAGAAGAGAGUGAAAGACCCAAAAAAUCGAGUGAGCCAUUUACUUAAACGAAGCUAAGAAAUCAGAAGUGAGGAAGGAAAUCGAAAUCGAAAUCUUACUCGAAAAUGGCAGUGAUGGAGAAAUUGAAGAUGUUCGUUGUUCAAGAGCCAGUUGUCGCUGCUUCCUGUCUCAUCGCUGGCUUUGGUCUUUUUCUUCCUGCUGUUGUGAGGCCCAUGUUGGAUUCAUAUCAGGCAACCAAGCAAACUCCUCAACCUGCUCUAAGCGACGUCGUUGCAGGUAUGACUGGUAAAAAGUAAAGGUGACUUGUGAUUUAAGAGCAAAUUUGCCAACUUCUUUGUUUGAACUUAUUUUAAUUCUCAAUGUGCAAGAAAUAAGAGUACUGGAUCUUGGAUUUAGCUUCCCUUUCUGACGAUCUAUCUGUUCCGGAAUCAUUUACUGGUUUCAUAUCUUGUUAAGUUAGAUUAGGUGUUGGGUUGAAUAGCAGUUUAUCUGC